AUGAAUCCAUCGUUCAAACCACAACAUACAAAACUUGCUGCGACAAAACGUAUUAUACGAGAUUUGAAAGAUCUCGAUAAUGUUCCAAUACCUGGACUUGGUGUUUGUUGUCCAGAUGAAUCGAAUCCUUUUCUUUUACAUUGUAACGUAUUGAUCAAUGAUGGACCCUAUCAUGGAAUUAUGAUACAUUUAGUUCUUCAUAUUCCAGAAGACUAUCCAUUGACAGGUCCGGCUGGAAAUAUUGCACCUGGACUAGAAUUCGAUUCUAGAUAUCAUGCUCAUAUUCAUGAAGAUCACAGUCCUGGUUAUACUUUAUCAACUGCUCUUCUUCAAAUUGUCACAUUUUUUGCAGAUCCUGAUUUAAGAUUUACACCUUCUUCAAGUAGCAUUGAUCGUCUUUGGAAUAUGGUGAAAAAUUUUACAUGUGAAACAUGUGGUCAUUCUUAUGCCAAACCAAAUCCAGUUAUAGUUGAUUAUACCGAAACAACAUCAAAUAAACAACAAGCAGAAGAAGAACGAUUGAAAUCUGAACGUGAACUAAUCGAAAAAUUAACUUGUGGUGUGACAAAACAAAAUGUUAUUGAAGAUAACAUUUGCUUGGGCUAUCCAAUAUUAUUCAAACGUAAUAAUUACAAUCGUUUAUCGCCUGAAAUUAUUUUGGAAUUGAUCUCCUACGAUGCAUAUGUUGCAGAAAUACAGAAAUCGGGUGGAGAUAAAUUAGAUUUUUAUGAAAAUUUCAAAUUUCGUUCUGUUACAGGAGCGGAUUAUAAUUAUUGGUUACCAUUGUAUAUUAAUCCUAAGCAUUUUCAACAAGGACAAAUGAUUAUUCAAAAUAGUAUUAGUGUUAUUUAUAAUGGUAAUGCUCAAGGUGUUGAAAAAUAUGAUUUCGUUCCACAUAUGGCAUUGGAUGUAUUGACUAAUUUAAUGAACAAGUCUGCUGUUCGAUUAUUUAAUGGUGAAUUAUUUGAAUCAAAACGAGCGAUAGAAGCUUAUUGUCAUUUGUUACGUUUAUUAAUGCAUUUUGUUGAUAUUUAUCCUGAAUUAGAAGAUUUCAUAACAGGAUUAUCUUAUCGUAAUAAAAAGGUAGUACCUGAUAUGGGUGAAUUUCUUAUAAAAAUCGCCUUAUCGAAAAAAUAUACUUUCGAUGAUGUCAAAACAUGUGUCUAUGAAGAAUGUUUUGCUCGACAAAUCUAUUGGAUUCAACGGGAUACUGCUAUUCGAAACUUAUUAGAUAUAAAAGUCGAAGAUUUACCGGCGAUAUUUCAAUCAAGAAAAGUAUCAUAUCAUAUAUGGGUAUUUAAUCAAGAAAUGACUCAAACAUUUAUUUUUCCAGGUGCAAAAGAGUAA